CUAGCCACUUCUUGUUUACCUUCCCCGUCACUCCCCCUACCUACACUCUCCUCGCCGCUCCGAGGCUCUAAGCGAAUGUCUGUUUAUUAGCGUUCAUCAGAUUUCUCUGCAUUUAGGAGUGGACUUGAGUUUGUUUGACGAAAUGGGAAGUAGGGAGGAUUCAGAUAUAGAUGAUGAUUUUAGUGACCUUUACAAGGAAUACACGGGCCCUGGGGUUUUGAAAUCCAACACUGCUGCACAAGAAAGAACUACAACAAAUAAAAGGUCACAUCAUGGGUCUGAUGAGGAAGACGACGCUCGGGACCCUAAUGCUGUUCCAACUGAUUUUACUAGUCGAGAAGCUAAGGUUUGGGAAGCUAAGUCAAAAGCCACCGAGAGGAAUUGGAAGAAAAGGAAAGAGGAAGAAAUGAUUUGUAAAAUCUGUGGAGAAUCAGGACAUUUUACCCAGGGUUGUCCAUCUACGCUGGGAGCAAAUCGGAAGUCCCAGGAUUUCUUUGAACGAGUGCCUGCAAGAGAACCUCAUGUAAAAGCAUUAUUUACUGAGAAGGUGGUAAGUCAACUUGAAAACGACAUUGGGUGCAGAAUCAAAAUUGAGGAAAAAUUUAUUAUUGUCAGCGGCAAGGAUAGGUUGAUACUGAAAAAAGGUGUUGAUGCUGUUCAUAAAAUUAAAGAAGAGGGUGAGAAAAAGGGUUCUUCGAGUUCUCAGCUAUCAAGAUCAAGGUCACCUGAAAGGAGAAGUCCCAUUGGCUCUCGAUUUGCACGCUCUGAUUCUCAGAGAUCUAAUCCUAGUCCACAGGGUGCCUCUCAUUUUCAGAAUAGGUUUGGUAGACAGGAUAAGGCUGUGGAAGACAUUGUUCGCCAGGAUUUGCAAAAGCUAUCUAGAGGUUCUCCACAAGCAAGAGCUUAUGGUAAUGAUGGAGUUAGAGGUCGGUCAAGCCAUUCGCGGUCUCCAGCACGUCACCCUUAUCAAAGCAAUGCAUAUAGUUCAUAUGAUGGUCAUAGUCAAGGCAGGGUGGGAUAUAGGACAGAUGGGUGGGAUGCUGAGAGACGUUCAUCUGACAUUCAGUUGGCACGUAAGGUUGAGUAUCCUGCAUUUCCACAGACAUUAGAGGAAUUCGAGUUGGAAUAUAAGAAAGAGGCAAUGGAUCUUGAAAGAAUGCGGGACAAGGAAGAAGCUGAAGAAAAUUACAGGCAUCAUGAGACUAUUAGAGAAAUAAGGGAGAAUUACAUGAAGAAACUGGCUCUUUUGAGGGAGACUCAUGCAAAACAGUGGGAAGAGUUUCUUCAGCAUGAUGCCCAAAAGAGGCAACAACAGGUGCAACAGCACAUGUCAGCUUCUGGGUUUGGUGGACGUAAACAAUCCAGUUAUUCUGACUAUGAAAAUUCUGUGGGCAAUUCUCACUAUUCUGGAUCUAAUAUGCCCAUGGAAUCUAGAGGCAGGUACCCAAAGCCUGUGGAAGAUUAUCCUUCCUUGCGGUCUCACAACACUUAUGGUGACUUCCAGCGUCAGAGGCGUGAUGACUAUGGGAAAGCCUAUAAUCGAUAUUGAUUGGUAUAUUGGAGUUAUCUUAGGUGAGUAGCUCUUACCCUUGAAAAAUCUAAGCAACGUGGCUUCUUAUGCUCGUUUUCACUUCAGCCAGGUUUAGGUAGGAGAUGUAUAUACUUCAUUGAGUGAGGUCUUUUAGAUCGUGAUAGGCCAGGCACUUGGGAAUCUUAGUACUUACGUUUGUGUAAUUUGUCCGUUAGGUAUUGGUAUAGGUUUUUGAGCUUGUAGCCUUAGAUGAGUAGGAUGGGAGAUGCAGGAUUUGUACAUGUGGCUAUAUGGAAUCUCUUGCUUAAACUACUUCAACCUAAAUUACCACUUCAAAAUUUUCAGGAUGCAGUUGCUUGGGUACUACUAUGGAAAAGGAGCACUCAAUUUAGGUAAGUGCAUUGGUUGUGUUUCUGGACAUGAGUAAAUGACAUUUGUUUCCCUGGUAGAGAAACCCAUUUGUUUUUGCUAUUAUUGGCGGAAUACUGUUGUAAUGAAAAACGGGGAGCAGAGCAUGGGUUGGUGGUUCUGUAUAUGGGUGUCUCAAUUACAUGACUCUUGAAUUGACUGCGCAAAGCUGUUUGUUUUGUUGCU